GAGAGCACCUAAAGCUGACCAAUGUGAGCGAAGACAUGUGGAAACGAGGGAGGUUGGGGGCUCAGGCAAGUCUGCUCUUGGACAUCGGGCAGCAAUAGGAGAGGCAAAGAGGAAGGACAGGGGCAGGAGGCCCUGGGCAGGGAGGAGGGUGGCUUUUGGGCUCCCACUCUUCCUGUCUGUCUCCGUCUUUUCGUCUCUGUUUCUCAGUUUCCUGGCCAGCCUUAGGCUCAGUGCUAGUCGCUGUACCAAACGGAAACUUUUUGGAGCAGAUGCUGCUGUAAUUCAUUUUGCAGAUGGUAAUAGUGAAGCCAGAUGAACUUCAGAGGUGGGCCAGUAUUGAUAUCUUGAGAUAGCAUUUAGCUGGGGUAAUAUCAGUUAGAAAUCGGUCAAUUUCCUGAGGUUGAAAUGGGUGAAAAACAAGCCACGAACACCAGGGUCGGGCCAGUGGAAAGAAUGCUGGGGCCGGAACCUCCUCCUGAAAGGAGUCUCUCUUGGGAUGGUUGUGACUGUCUGUAGAGAAACCUGGUGACUAGGAUGGACCUCUUCUGUGUCUGGGAGUAUCCCAGUGGUCUCAAGCUCUUGAAACAGAGAAAAGACUGUGCUGUGGUUCUCAGGUGGCCUCGUGUCAAAGGUCAACACUAGAAUCACCGUGAAAAGAAGAGGUCUCAUGACAGUGAUGGAGCUUUUGCCCAGACACCCGACACAGACUGACCCAGACGCUUCUGCAGUACCUGCCAUGGGUUCUGGCAGGCUGGCUUGGUUGGCAGCAUUGACUCACAGUGAAGAGCCAUCUUGGGGUAGCCACUGGCCGUGGAGUCUGGUCACUGGGCCUCCACUCAAGCAUAUUGUUAGCCAGUUGCUCCUGAACACUAGGACUUGUUGGCAUCCUCCUCCUCCACUUUCAAUUCAGCUUCUCCUAUGCAAGAGCCCAGACUGUACUAACCUUGGGAAGCCCUUCAGCCCAUUAACUGACUGUCCCCCAGGUCUUCCAGCAGGAAAUAAAAGUUUGCAGCUGCCCUGCAGAGCCGGCGCUAGCUGUGAAGGCCGUGGGUGCUGGACCUCCGGACAUGAGCGUGGGUUUCAUCGGGGCGGGCCAGCUGGCUUUUGCCCUAGCCAAGGGCUUCACAGCAGCAGGUGUUCUGGCUGCUCACAAGAUAAUGGCCAGCUCCCCGGACAUGGACCAAGCCACGGUCUCUGCCCUCCGGAGGAUAGGGGUGAACCUGACAUCUCAUAACAAAGAGACGGUGCGCCACAGUGAUGUGCUCUUCCUGGCUGUGAAGCCACACAUCAUCCCCUUCAUCCUGGAUGAAAUUGGUGCCAACAUUGAAGACAGACACAUUGUGGUGUCCUGUGCAGCGGGUGUCACCAUCAACUCCAUUGAAAAGAAGCUGACAACAUUCCAGCCAGCUCCCAAAGUCAUCCGCUGUAUGACCAACACCCCGGUCGUAGUGCGGGAGGGCGUGACUGUGUACGCCACAGGCACUCACGCUCAGGUGGAGGAUGGCAGACUCGUGGAGCAGCUCAUGUGCAGUGUGGGCUUCUGCACAGAGGUCGAGGAAGAUCUGAUUGACGCUGUCACGGGGCUCAGUGGCAGCGGCCCUGCCUAUGCUUUCACAGCCCUGGAUGCUCUUGCUGAUGGUGGUGUGAAAAUGGGGCUUCCAAGACGCCUGGCUGUCCGCCUGGGGGCCCAGGCCCUCCUGGGGGCAGCUAAGAUGCUACUAGACUCAGAACAGCAUCCAGGCCAGCUCAAGGACAAUGUCUGCUCUCCUGGUGGGGCCACCAUCCAUGCCUUGCAUGUGCUGGAGAGUGGGGGCUUUCGCUCACUGCUUAUCAAUGCUGUGGAGGCCUCCUGCAUCCGCACUCGGGAGCUGCAGACCAUGGCUGAUCAGGAAACUGUCUCUCCUGCUGCCAUCAAAAAGACUGUCCUGGACAAGGUGAAACUGGACUCCUCUGCUGGGGCCUCCCUGUCUUCUGGCCAUAUCAAGCCACUGCCCUGCAGCCUGGCCCCAGCAGGCAAGGAAUGAUUCAUCUGCCCAUCUUCCUCAUGCUCUCUGCUCACCCCCCCCCAUCUAUCUAUCUAUCAUCUAUCUAUCUAUCUAUCUAUCUAUCUAUCUAUCUAUCUAUCUAUCUAUCUAUCUAUCUAUCUAUCUCUUUUGAGACAGGGUUUCUCUGUGUAGUCCUGGCUUAGAACUCGCUCUGUAGAACAGGCUGGCCUUGAACUCAGUUUUUUUUGUUGUUGUUGUUUUUCUUUGUUGUUGUUGUUUAAGCAGGGUUUUGCUAUGUAGUCCAAGUUACCUUUGAACUCUUAACCCUCCACUCUAGUUUCCCAAAUUCUGGGAUUAUAGGUGAGUGUCAACAUGCCAGGCUCCUUUUUUCUUUUAAGAUGGUGGCUUGAUAUGUUGCCUAGACAAGACUCAAACUUCCUCGGCUCAGGGUAUGCUAUCAUGUCAGCCCCCUCAAGUGCACACCACCUGGCUGACUCAAUUCUUCACUUUCUUCUCUCCUUGUCUGAAGUUUCUGCUCUGGGCUCUCUAGCUCAAAACCACACAGAAUAUCCCCAUAGCAGGCCCUUGCCCAUAGCCGGGUCAGCCAGGAAAGGGAAGAUCACUUACAACCAGGGACCUCUACCGCUCCCUCUGGAGCUUAGGCCUAUGGUGUCUUCAUCCUCCCUAGCUCCAAGGCCAGCCAGCUUUGGGGGGACCCCUUUCUGUGAUCUACUCACACGUGGUUGCCUGUCCUUUCUCUGUGAAGACCACCUAGUCCCAGACAUCCUGUACCUCCUUCUAGAGACUUCAUCUUCUACCAAGGAUCUCACUAGGCAUUUGGAAAAGGGACUUCUCAGGUAGCUCAUGAAACCUUAGCUUGUUCCUGAACUAACUCACCAAAUACUGUUACUUCUCUUCCUAUCCUUUCAGUUGAAUAAAAAAAAAUUCCCAGA